UAGUAGGUUGUAGGAAGGAGGGACGCUCGUGGAGAAAAUCUGACGCUAGCAUCAGUAAAACAGCUGCCAAACAAUCUCAACGGCGACGUAUCGAGAGAGAGAGCGAGAGCGAGAGAGAGGCUACCGAAACUAAUCAACAGGGCCGUCCAGCACCUGAACCAUCAAUCGGGUUUAUGAGUCAAGGCAAUCAAUCAGGCUGCCGUUAACCUUCGGAAGAAGCGUGGACGUAUAAUUCACCGUCAGCUGGGCUGUGUUGUUUUUUUUUUUAACUUACUACCGGCGUCAUCAUGGCUGAAUGUAACAUUAGCAUCGACCAGAAAAAGCUACCUGGAGUGAAAGAGGUGUGCCGAGACUUUGCCGUGCUUGAGGACCACUGUCUGGCCUAUAACCUCCAGGAACAAGAAAUUGAGAGCCACUUGGCGUCCAAUGUCCAUAAAAGCCGCCUGGUGCAGAAUGACCUGCAGGUUGCCAAGAAGCUGCAGGAGGAGGAGGACAAGAGGGCCAAGCUCCAGAACCAGAAACAGCACACUGACAUCGAGCGCCAAGAUAAUGAGAUUGCCCAGGAGAUUCAGGAAGAACUGGCUCGACAGGCAGAACAACAACGACAGCAGGAAGAAGAAGAUGCGGCCAUAGCUCGUAAACUACAGGAGAAGGAGAUGAAAGAAGAAAAGAGGAGGAAAAAACAACUGGAGGCAAACGUCGAGGAGGAUUACUUUGAGGAUCACGGAGCUGCAAGAAGACCUCUUGAUUUGGACAAACACCCUCGCCACGCAUCAACAUCACCAGGUCAUUAUGAUGCAAAUGCUCUAGUGAGCUCACAUCGUGAUUACUCCCCAGAUUACAGCUCAACGGAGCCCAAAAGGAGCAGAUACCCAAGGCAGGAGCCAGCAGCACCCCACAGCCGUUCCAGAUACCCGGAGCACUACUUGACAGAGGGGGGGCGAAGCAGGCAUGCAGAUCCCUAUCCAGAGCACCUGCUGCCCUCUAAAGGCAAGCAUGGGGACAGGUACCCAGAGUAUGAACCCACAGAGACUGGCAGAACCAGAGGCCCUGGAGGGGAGGACCAAGAGAGAGUGGUGAGGAGGAAGGAGAGACCACACAGACCACCUCAGCCACAUAUACCCAUAGAAAGAGACAAGGCCGGGGACAGAGAAAGAGACAGACAGCGUGACAAAGACCGGCUCAGAGACCUUGAAAGGGAGAAGCAUAUGGAAAAAGAGCACAGGUUGAACAGGGAGCAGGACCUCAGAGGGGCGAGAGGAAGAGACCGGGAAAAAUCCAGAGAUAGAGGACAUAGUCUGGACAGACAGCGAGAGAGAGACCGGCAAAAACAGAAAGAAAAAGACAGACAACGUGCAAGAACCAGGAGCAGGGAGAGAGGACUUGAUGAGGAUUAUUUGGAGCAAGGUCAUAGCAGGGACUGGACAAGGGAGGGCAGGGCACCCAAACACUCUGUUCAUGAAGAGGUGUUUGAAGAACCCAGGAGUGAUGAAGGGAGAGGGAACGGCAAGGAAUUCUUGGACACUCAGCAGGGGGAGGGUCCCAGCAGAGAACGCAUUUACACUCAUCCCAACAGCGAGACAGGUCGUAUUGUGCACCGAGGGAGUGGAUCAGUGAUCGAAAGUGAGUAUGAGCUGAAUGAGGCCACCAAGGGGUUGACGAAGCUGGAUAUUCGAGAGCAGGAGUUGAAGGACAUGGAGGUGGCCAGGAAGCUGCAAGAGGAAGAAGUCAAGGCAAGCAAGGUACAUGGGGUCCGUGCAGCUCAAGUGGCACAGGAUGAGGAAAUCGCUCGACUGCUGAUGGAACAAGAGAAAAAAGAGUACAAGAAGAAUCGAGAACGGGAAAAGGAGAAGGAACGAGAGAGGGAGAGGUUGGCCAUAGAGAGGAUGGGAGUGGAAAGGAGGCGGCCAGAGGGCGAUUACAGGCCAAAUUCAGAAGAAGUCGUUCGACCUAGAACGCGAGAUGAGUACGAAUACCAGAGGCAGAAGAACCACAACAAGCCUGCCAAGCCUCCUCAGCCUCGUGCACACAACUAUGAGAACGUUAACCCCGGCUAUGGCUACCCGGACCACCCUGCCCCCCAGCGUGCUCCUGCGAGACCUGAGGCUGCUUACAAAGCAUAUCAGAAGUGUGAUGAAGGUGCCUAUCACAAGCGGUGACUCAGGCUCUCUUCCACAUCCAGACACGUUGGCCCGUUAUUCUUUACAGAUAUAUAAUAUAUAUAAAAAUUUGUCUUUUUUUUGUUUUUAACCAUUUGCACUCUGUUGGGUAAAAGCCUUGGGACAAUCUAACUUUGCAAUGGUAUUUUAUUUUUAUUUUUAUUUUUUUAUGUAUUUUCCAAAUCUUGCCCAGAAUUAAAGAAAUGGGCCUGUGAGUGCUGGAAGCACACUCGCACAGUUUUUGUUUUUUUAAAUUAUGAUUGAUAUGAUUUCUUUUAUCUGACUUAAGAUCAAGACAUGCCAAAAGAGCAGCCUUGUGACAUAAACUCUCAUGAUUCUUAGCUGUUGAAGUAGAGGAACUGGCUCUCCAUUUGCUGUGCUGAUCAUGUGCUGAUGUUUCAUCUGUGGACCAUGUCAUCACAGGGGCUCAUUGCUGGAUUUAAUCUCAGAUUUCCUCAUGACUCUUCAUGGGACGUGCCUGUCUGGUCCCCCGUGGAUGCUACAGUGUCUUAGAACCAACACGGCAGCUGCUUUGUAUCACCCGUGCUGCAGGUGCGCUCACCUGUCAUGCUGUGCACCGAAGACUCCGCAGGCCUUGUCCAUGUGCCACACAAAGUAUGACUCUGGAGGAGUACAUAUCCAUUGCUGUAUUAAAACAAAACUAAAAAAAAAUAGCCUUUUAUCAAGAUGCUGGUAGUUUUGACAUUAUUACCACCUUGUUCCAGAGCAGAGGAAGUGGAGCUUUGUGAUGAUCUAUGGACAUUUAAAUGGUUGUCGGCGCUUUCAGCUUGUGAGGAGCACAUUUUAACCCUUAAUCUAAAAGCGGUCGGAUGGAAUUCUGUGUAUGACUCACUGUUUCUAUGUGCAUGCUUACUGAAAGUGUACAACUGUGUACAUGCAUUUCAGCUUUAUAUCCAAUUGUCUAGCUUUCUAUUCAGAUUUUAGUCAGAAAGGGCUAAAGCCACAAAAAGACAAUAAUCUUCUUCUUGUGAAUGAACAAAAUAAGUGCUCGCUCCUAUUCUGCUGGAUCGUCUAUGAAUUCCCUGCCCCUUUUUAUUAGCAGUUGCCAUUAGCAAACCUAAAGUAGCUCAUAACAACAGAAAUGAAAUGCAUGUACAUUGCUUGUCUGUGUCAAACCUGAAUUCAUGCUUGUGCUUAUGGCACAGAAGUGUGCGAUUGAAUAUCUGCUUUUGUUUUAUUUAAAUGUAAUUGUUUUGCUUUUUUUUCUUCAUGAAAUUUGUGUGACCAAAUCAUGUGUUCCAUUGUGGCAAAUUUGAGAUUCUUGCGUCCCAACCAAAAAGGGAGACUUUUAUUUUAUACAGUAUUUUGUUGCUCUUUCCUCUCAUUGUUGCAUAGGUUUUGUUCCCUGGAAAAAAAGGCCUCUGAUCUUUGUCUCAAAGGCAGAAAUCUCUUCCUGUCUUCAGAACAAGCAAACAAUCCCACAAUAGAAGUUCAUUUAGACGGAGGGGAAAUUCACACAAGUGUAGCUGGAAAGUUGACAUGAAUGUAUGUCACUAUAAGGGACCUAUUUGAGUUUAUUUUCUGUUCAUAUUGAAUAGAGAUGAUGUAACGUAUUUUAUUUUGAGCUUUUUGUUUGACUGAGACUGGUUUCAGGUGGACUCGGAUGGGGUUUCAGAGCUGCUUUCAUGUUCUUUUGCAAUAAAUGUUGCUGAAAGUA